GCCGAUCAGUUGUUCGGCCAGGCGACGGAGACGUUCAACAAGGAGCUGUUCUCGAUCAAACUGACGACCGCCCUCGACGAUGCGUCCGUCGACCGCGCGCUUGGUUCUGCGACGGCGGACGAUGCGUUUCGCGAGCUCGUUGGCUUCGCCGACAGGAUCAGCGACGGCGUGCUUCGCGCCGAGGUCGUCUACAUCAAGUGCUUGUGUGAUGCGAGAUCUGCGGCGGCGUCGUGCGUGAGGUAUCUCAGGCAGGGGCUCUUGACCCAGGAAGCCGUCGAGCUUUUCGUGACUCUCGACGCGCAGAUCUCCGCGUACUCCGCCCACGUCCGGGCCGCCACUUUGGACCGG